GAGGGGGAGAGGCUGGGGGCGGGCGGCCAUGGCGACCUUCUUCGGGGAGGUGGUGACGGCGCCGUCCCGGGCCGGCGUGGACGACGACGAGGAGGAGGCGGCGGGGGAGGCCCUGGAGGAGACGCCCGAGGACCGGGAGAUCCGCAGGAGGGUGGAGGAGAAGAGGGAGGUGACCGUGCGCUGGGCGCUGCCCGCGGGAGAAGCCGCGCCGGGAGCCGCCCCGGAGCCCCUGCCCUGCUCCAGGUUCGUCGUCGCCGUGGGACACAACGCCGCGGCUUUUCUGUCAUCUUUUAUUCUGGAUUCUGUAUGUUGGGAAAUAGUUGGAGCUGUGAAACUGUGGAAUGAAUGGUGUCGAACAUCCAAUACAACAAACGUCCUCCCAACAGAUUCUUUCUGCCUGUUCUAUCGAUUAAUAUCAGAUCCAACAGUUUUGUUGUGUCAGUGUAGUUGCUAUGUUGCUGAGGAUCAACAGUUCCAGUGGCUUGAAAAGGUUUUUGGCCAUAUACGAAAGGAAGGCUUGCAAGUAACCAUUCUUUCAACGUGUCCUGUAGCUGAUUAUAAAACUCAGGAAUCCACUUUAACACUUCCAUCUCCAUUUCUGAAAGCCCUGAAGACGAAAGAAUUCAAAGAGCAGGUCUGCUGCCCACUGCUGGAACAACCAAACAUAGUGCGAGAUCUUCCUGCUGCUGUUCUGAGUUACUGUCAAGUAUGGCAUAUUCCUGCAGUAUUGUAUCAGUGUUACACUGAUGUCAUCAAACUGGACACGGUUACAAUUGAAGCGUUCAAGCCUCUGCUUUCUUGUGAAACCCUGAAGAAUUUAGUCAAGGAUGUAUCUGAAAGCACAAAGAGUUUGAAGAAGUUACUGACAACCAACGAAACUCACAAUAACAUCUAUAUUUAAAGAGGACACUUACAACACAGACUGCACUUUUUUUUUAAACUCCUGUUUCUUCUGUUGAGGACAGUUUGGAAUUGUAGUUUUUCCUUAAAAGUGGAAUAAAUUCUGCUCAUUUUUUACUUCUGAAUUCAGUUUUGGUACUUUCUAAUUUAUCACUACAAACACAUAUUUCUUCUUCAGGGGGUGAGUGACUUUUUUCGGGAGCAAUCUUUCCUAAAGAAAGAUAUUUGGCAUAUAAAAAGCAUUUUUUUCUCUUCCUGAAGGAAUUGUCUUUUCUAAAUGUAUCCCCUAUCUAUACAAAAGAGGAAAUGCGGUUAAGGUAUUCUGUCUAUAUCUAAUGAGGGCACCUUUUUUUUUUUUUUUUACUUUAGUUUGAAACAGUUUUUUUUUUUAAUAUAUGAUUAUCCUUAAAGAUUUGUCUAUGUUGCAGCAAAUAUUCUCUGCAUCUUUCUACAGAUAUUUUGUGUGUGUAUAUGAAUGAUAUAUAUAUAUGUACAUGCGCAUGUACAGACUUUAUAUAUAGUGAUACAAAAUGCAGUAAGUAAAGUAAGGUAAAUACCUUUUAAAGACUUCCUAGUGGACAACAAGCUUGCAGAUGAGGCAGGAACACAGACCUGUGUGGAAGGGCCGUGACUUGGAUUCAGUGAAUAAAUCAUAGUGAUUUAGGAUCUGCCUACAAGUCUGGCAGGAAAAGGUACAUGCCCACAUUCAGGUGCCUCAACUCCUGUUUGCUGUUCUGUGCUGCAGGCUCACCUUUGUUGGCAGUUUCAACUUCAGACCUUGAGCUGGAGCCGUAGAGGUUCAGGACCAGGCAUUCCCUUCUGCCAGACCUCUGACAGAGACAGGAACCUCUCCCAGUGAAACAGGGUGGUGGGCUUGCAAGUUGCCAUGGUGAAUCCAGAUGAAGCAAAAUUUUAAAGUCAAAAGAUUAAAUUUAAAAUUCAAUAAUUUUAGUUGCUGUCAGUAGUAGGAAGUGUACAAAGUCUCUCAUGCUGAAGAUGUGAUUUUCAGAGGAAAGUAGAAGUUCAAAUUCUAAAGUGUUCCAAAAGCCCUGAAAGUUCCUGACAAUUUCAACAGUGUAUUUAAGAUGUUUAAUAGGAUCGGCAUGUAUUUCUGACUGGUGAAAAUACUAUUAACUCAAUGUUUUAUUUAAGUUUACGGUGCUUAAGAAAAUAUUUCUGUUACUACCAGGUGUGUCACUGGUGUAGUCACUGAACAGAGAUCUUAAAGUUGCACAUAACCUGACCUUUUGUGCAAUAUGGGUAGCAGCUUCAGAGUUCUCUACAUCAUCUAACUUUGGCUUAACACUGGAUGUCCAGUGGAAAUUUCUGAACAGUGCGUGUUCCCUUCAUGGAGCUGUCAUCCCUUCUCGUUUGAAAAUGGCCAGCUUAGUCGAUGUUCACUGAUGCAAGUAACUCCUGGCUUCAGCAGACCCACUAUGAAGUCUGUUUUUUUGAAACUUUUAACUACACACUGUAUCAGUUUCCACUGCAGUAGGAUAUUCUUGUUAUGAAUAUAAAGAUUAUUACUUACGACAUGAUUUCAACUUCCAUUAGUAUAACUAGUUAAUGAAGAAACUGUUGCUUUAAAUGGUACUGUAUUUUCAAAUAAGCUCUUGAAGCAUGAAGUGCAGGGCAUGGUUGCAGCAGUUCUUUCAAUUUCUGCACAGUGUUCUAAUUAAAAUCUGUUUAUGCACAUAA